UCGCAUUUUAAACCAUACAUUUGAAAUCAACGACUUUUGUCAUUUCAGAGGCCGUUCAUUUUGGCAAACCCGUAGUCGGCAUACCAUUUAUAUUCGAUCAAUCGCUGAAUAUGCAUCUUGCUGAACAGAAGGGGUUUGGAAUUUCAAUUCCAAUCGAAACUCUAACCGCAGAUAAGAUAUCGACGGCUGUUAGAACAGUACUCAGUGUUCCAAGUUAUGCCGAACAAGCAAAGAUCAUUUCUGAUCAAUACCGCGAUCAACCACUAACUCCACUGGAAACAGGAAUGCACUGGGUCAAGCACGUAACUAAAAAUAAAGGCGCUCCACAUUUGAAAAGUGUUGCAGUUGAUUUGCCAUUCUACAAACUGUACAAUUUAGACGUGUGGGCAUUCAUUUUUGGUGUCAUUGCUUUUUGCGUCUUUUUACUCAUUAAAUUCAUAACUGCUCUAGUCGCAGUCACACUUAUCGGGAAAACAACGCAGAAGGUCAAGAAAUCCUAGAUAAAAAACGUAUUGUUUGUCUGUAAAGGAAAAAAAUUAGAGCGUGUUAUGAGCUGAUGUCAGCAACACUGACUGACGUCAGUGUAGCACUGACUGACGGUAUCAACUGCUGACGAGUAUGCGUUGCGUUGUUUUAACGCAUUUGCAGUAUAAAAACGAAGAGCACUCCAUUGGUGUGUAUUGUAUUACAAUUACAGUCAGUGCUGCUGACAUCAGCUCAUAACAUGCGCUGGAAGAAAACCAAUUCUAAUUGAACCACUGAGGAUAAAAAUGGCAUAUGAAAUUCAACCUUAGUCUAAACUUGACACAAAAAAA